AUGAGUCAAGAUUCUGUAUACUACGGCAGAUCUGUCAACAAAGUAUACAACCAAGAAUUCAUAAUUGAUCGACGAUUCAAAAUCAUCAAAGAGUUGGGUCAUGGGGCAUACGGUAUUGUUUGCUCAGCCAAAUAUGACGACGGCACCAAUGCUGACCCCAACACUAAUCUGUCCUCAGCUGAUGGAUCAUACGUUGCCAUCAAAAAGAUUACCAACAUCUUUAGCAAAAAGAUUCUAUGCAAACGUGCUUUAAGAGAGAUUAAAUUGUUGCAAUUCUUUAGGGGCCAUAAAAAUAUCACAUGUCUUUACGACUUGGACAUUAUCCCCAACCCAUUGACGGGUGAGUUCAAUGAAAUCUAUUUAUACGAAGAGCUAAUGGAAUGCGACAUGCACCAAAUCAUCAGAUCUGGCCAACCAUUGACCGAUCUGCAUUAUCAAUCCUUCAUAUACCAAAUAUUGUGCGGAUUAAAGUACAUCCACUCGGCCGAUGUGCUACAUCGAGAUUUGAAACCGGGAAACCUUCUCGUCAAUGCUGAUUGUGAAUUGAAAAUUUGUGAUUUUGGACUUGCUCGAGGAUUUUCAGAAAAUCCUGAACAAAACCAAGGAUUCAUGACUGAAUAUGUGGCAACUAGAUGGUAUCGAGCCCCCGAGAUUAUGCUCAGCUUCACCAACUAUACUAAGGCCAUCGAUGUGUGGUCUGUUGGAUGUAUAUUGGCUGAAUUACUUGGAGGCAAGCCGCUCUUCCGAGGUAAGGACUACGUUGACCAAUUGAAUCAGAUUUUGAUGAUUUUGGGAACACCACCGGAAUCGACCUUAGUUAAGAUUGGUUCUCAGCGAGCACAAAACUAUGUUCGCUCCUUGCCCAUUAUGAAGAAAAUCAGCUACCGACACUUAUUCCCCGAGGCCAAUCCCUUGGCAUUGGACUUGUUGGAGAGAAUGUUGGCUUUAGAUCCAUACGAACGUAUCAGUGUUGAUGAAGCUUUGGAACACCCAUACUUGGAAGUAUGGCACGACCCGAGGGACGAGCCUGAAUGCCAGGUCAAGUUUGAUUUCAAAACAUUUGAAACGUUUGAAGAGUUGGAUGAAAUGAAGCAACUUAUCAUGGAUGAGGUGAGAACAUUUAGAGAUUUCGUUAGAAAACCAAUAGAGGAACAACAGCAAAUACAAUUGCAAAUGCAAAUCCAACAACGCGAAAACCAAGAACUGGAAGAACAACAAAGACAACAUAGAGCAAUUGACGUUAGUUCUUCAUCAAACAUACGUGAAGAUGAUUAUCCCAAACCCCAGGAAUUGAAUGACUUUUCCUUCCAAAGCUUAGAACUGAACAACUAUCAAUACGAUUCUAGAGAUGACAACAUGAGUGGCGUAAAUGUCAAUGAUUUCCAAAACACCCUUGGCCCCGACUACUACAAAUUAGAAGAAGAGUUGGGAUUUGGACUAGACGGAAAUGCAUUUGACAAUUUCAAUCAAUAA